AUGGCUAAAAAGGAGAAUCAGCUGACUGUUACGUUGUUGAUCUCCAUCAUGGCAGCGGUGCUCGGCUCCCUCCAGAUAGGAUACCACACAGGCAACAUCAAUGCCCCAGCCCGAGUAAUUGAGGAGUUUUUCAACACAACAUGGAUAUCCAGGCACAAUCAGUCAAUGCCAGAGCAGAGUCUUACUUUCCUGUGGUCCCUCUCUGUUAGCAUUAAGGACUUUGGUGCGCUACUUGGUUCACUGGGGGUCAAAGGUCUUGCUGACACUUUCGGGAGGCGUAAUGCCAUUCUCACAGUGAAUGCCUUAUCUGUGGUGGGUGCCUUUCUGAUGUCUAUGAGCAAAGCUACAGGAUCAUUUGAAAUGCUUAUUGUGGGUAGGCUGAUCUUUGGUUUGUUCUGUGGCCUGGUGAUGAGCUUGAACCCACUGUAUAUCCAGGGAGUCUCCCCCACAAACCUCCGUGGUGCUUUUGCCACUUUGAAUCAGGUCUCUUUCGCCUCAGGCAUUCUGCUGGGCAUGGUCGUGGGAUUGGAAACAGUAUUGGGAACAGAGGAAAACUGGUCCCUCAUGCUUUCCCUGUCCCUCAUACCUGCAGCACUCCAGUAUGUGAGCCUUCCUUUCUGUCCUGAGAGUCCCCGCUACCUCUUUAUUAACAAGGGAAAAGAAAAGGAAGCAGAGGCCGCCCUGAAAAGACUUCGGGGAAAUCCAGAGAUGGUGAUGAAAGAAAUGGAGGAGAUGAGAGAGGAAGCUGCUCAUAGUGAAACAGGAGUGACUGUCAGAGAAUUCCUCAGGAAGCGACGCUACAGGCAGCCAAUAAUACUUGUGCUUAUCAUAAACCUGUGCAGCCAGUUAUCUGGGUUUAAUGCGAUCAUAAAUUAUUCAACUAAAAUGUUUGCCCAGUCCAAUUUUGAUGAAGCCAAAUAUUUGACGCUAGGAGUAGGGGCAGUUAAUGUGGCAUUUACCGUAGUAGCAUUUUUCCUGGUGGAAAGAGCUGGCCGCAGAAAGUUGUUGCUUGCUGGAUUUCUGUCAUUAGCCAUCUGCAACCUGCUUAUGACCAUCACAUACUCCCUUUUGAACAUAUUUCCAGACAUCCGAAAUAUUCAGGUACUGGUGGUUUUCUUCCUGAUCUCAGCUUAUGAGGUGGGACCUGGACCAAUUUCAUGGUUUAUUGCUGCUGAGCUUUUUGACCAGUCGGCCCGUCCUAUUGCAAUGGCCUUCACCAGCAUGCUGAACUGGGGAGGGAAGUUUCUUUUAGCACUGCUCUUUCCACCUCUGCUGAAUAUGUGUGGGGCCUAUGUUUAUCUUCUCUUUAUGUGUAUGGCCCUGUUCGCCUUCACCUUCAACAUGUUUCGUCUUCCUGAAACCAAGGGACGCACUUUCGAUGACAUUGCGGCUGAGUUUCGUGGAGCAGAGGGUAUUCCACUACAUAACAAGAUGACCUUUAACACAUUCACCUGA